CUCCUCCGCGCCCCCUGCAGCUGUCGCGGCGCCGCGUCCUCUCCCGCUCGCCCCAUCCGGACCCGGCGCGGGAAGCGCGGAGCAGGGCGAGCCUCCCCUCCCGGAGAGAGCCGGGCGGACGCGUCUGCGGAGCCCUCCAGAGUCCUGAUUCCUCACGAGGUGAGCAGCUUCUGAGUUUGCUUCCGCACUGAAGUUCCCACCUGAGGUCGACUGCAGCAGCGCUUUGGAAGAGGGGUGGCAGCGAGCACAUCCUCCGAUGGCCAGCAACAACACCACCAGCAUCGCGCAAGCCCGGAAGCUGGUGGAGCAGCUCAAGAUGGAGGCCAACAUUGACAGAAUAAAGGUGUCCAAGGCAGCGGCAGACCUGAUGGCUUACUGCGAAGCCCACGCCAAGGAGGACCCCUUAUUGACCCCGGUGCCCGCUUCAGAAAACCCGUUCAGAGAGAAGAAGUUCUUCUGCGCCAUCCUGUAAACCUGGCCCGGGGCCUGACUCCGAGGCCGGCCACCCUGGACACUGAUGUAGAGAUUUUUCAGCAACGUGGACGUGUUUCCAGAGUCCACCCAAUUUAAAUUUCAAAAAAAAUCUAAACAGCCUGGAAGUUUACCGAGAAGCGCACGGCCAGGGAGAACACCUGCCUUCUCCGGAGAACGAAUCGACGCUGUCGAACUACGUCAUGAGGCUAAAGAUCUUGACAUCUAUGGAGCUGCCUGGGGAGGAAGGAGGGGAAAGUGCAAAAGCGUACGUUCCAUUUCUACCUUUUGCUCUUGCCAAACAAAACCCUUUUCUCUUUUUUCCAACACAAGAGGGUUUGCGGAGCAAGGUUACAAACGAUGCGGAGGAUUGGUGUCUCGCCUUAUUACAUGGCCUCCCGUUUCCUUUCCCCCACAUCACUCUUAUUUAUGUUGAACUGUAAAAUAAUUGCAACAGGGUAGAUUUGUUCCGAUGUUUCUUAGCGUUGAGUCUUGUGCGUAUUUAGCGUUUUAGAGUAGUGCUACCUGGGGAGGGGGUGGGAGGGGGGAGCGGGCAGGAUCUGCAGCCACCAAUCAGUCUAAGCAACUUUUUAGCAAGGGUUUAGCUGAGAACGUGUCAUAGUUUCUUGAGUGGGUCAACAGGCUGUCUUGUGCUUUCCUAGCAUACUUAGUACCACUGUUUUCUAACAUUUGUAUUUGGUAGCUUUUGUUCUGCAAAUAAACUGUAUGUUGUGUGUUUGGA